AUGGGUUCCCUAGCCACGCUGUUCGUCUACCUGGCGCUUAACCCUUUUACCAUUGUUACAGUGGCAUCUGGAACGUUUGAAAAAGCACUGGGGAUGUCCAGCCUAGAAAUUUGCCAGAACCACACCGUUUUGAACGACAAAUGGCGGGAAAUAGGAAGCAAGAGUGGAGACAACUGUGAUUCAGACCUUCAGGAAGGCUGGUACAGACUGAUGACGACAGAUGGACACUCUGCCUCACUUCCUACAACUUGCAUAAAAAAUCACGUGUGUGGACUGGAAGUGGCCAUGUGGCUGAAUCUACUCGGAGAAGAUUUGCCACAGCCUGGUCAGACUGUUCCCGGGUCUGUGUGUGGCUCUUACCCCGUGUUAGGUAUGUGGCAGUGCUGCGUCGUCAAGGAAACUGCAUUCGUUCACAACUGUGGCAACUACUUCGUGUAUUGGCUUCGCUCCACUGACAGAUGCAGUGUGGGAUACUGUGGUGAAGGACCUAGAAGUGACAUAUCUCCCCACACUGUGAAGACUGGAGAGCCAGUUUCUGAAGCAAGCGAAAGAUUCAGGAGACGACCACGAACAUAUGGGAAAUUAGCCAGCAACCGAAACCUUGAUAUAGACGACAGAGCAAUCAGGGAUGUCUCCACUCCAGAUGACACGCCCUGUCCUGAUGGUCAACAGAGAUGUUCAGACGGUACAUGUGUAGCUUCCACUCACCUCUGCCUUCAAGGGGAUUCUUCGUCAGUUUCGCCACCGUCGACUACCUCUGUGAACCGGGCUCCGAUCACACUUUACUUCUCGGUGUUGCGUGAUAGAACGAGAGCGCCAGUCAGCUUUACAUCCGGGCAACUCGUCUCAUCUGCGCACACAAAUGAGGAAAGAAAUGCCAUGGGCAGACUUGAUAGUGCGUCAUUGUCAAAAGAAGAAGAAACAAAACGAAUGCAUUUAGAUAUAACACCUUCAACUGCAAGACAAAUGCUUGCAACCACCACUAAUUUAUCUAUAGGUGGAAAUUUAUCGUCUGACAGAGAUCACUCCCCUGCAGAGUACCCAAAUAGUGUUUAUUCAUCAACAACCACAACAACAUCAUAUAGUGGACGACAAAUGUCAAUGGUCGUUUCGGACUUGAACGUUCACCAACAAUCAUCUCAGGAUUCUUUAGCGUCUAAACCAAUCGGUGUUUUCACUACCAAAACCAUUGGUGGUGCAUCUGAUCUUGUUACUGAGAGCGGUGAUGUUGGAUCAGAUACACUAAUUGAAUCACCAACAAAAACGGAAAAGGUUGAAACGUGGAGACACCAUGCCAGUCUACAUGAGGAGUCUUGUAGCUCAUGUCUUCUGCCUUCAGUUGCGUCAUCACAACUAAUGACGAAAGCCACCAUUACAAAUACCUUAUCCAGUAUCACUUCUUUUGAUCUUUCAACCGAAAAAAGCAUUUUGACCAGGGCAGUAACAAAAGAACAUGGUUCGGCCAUUGCUCCAAAUAUUUCUUCUUCUAUCCUCAAUCCACACACGGUCGCUUCAAGUAUCGUAGACCAUCCAAUAUCUUCUACUCUUUCGCGCAGGUUUUCCCCGUCUUCAAUACAGGCGUCAUUUUCUACCUACGUACACAUACAUUCUGUUGCUUCAAAACAGGUUCUCUCUUCCAUUGAUUUACAGAAUACGCCAUCUCCUGAUACUAAGUCAUAUCACACAUCCUAUUCGCCUGCUUCAUAUCAUGCACCAUAUUCAACUGCUUCAUAUAACAUUAUUUCCUCAAAACGUCUGACCAUAUCAAGUGUUUCAUCAGAUCGUCUCAAUACAUCACCAUCAGUAACUACUAUCGUAAUUCCGUCCGAGAAGACCACACUGACAACAUCGCAUUCGCCUGACACGACUGAUGUUCAGUGUACUAAAUGCAUCCAAGUGGUCUUUAACAUUCAAGUUGUUAUCAACGAUAAACAGGCUGAACGAGAUUUUAAGGCAUCCGUCCAAACAGCAUUUUCAAAAAUGCUCACAAAAUUUUAUGAUCGACGGCUUAAACGAGGCAUAAAUAUGACACAGCACCAUAGAAACAACACACACUUCCAGCCUACCGAUAUCUUCUUACGUAAUACCACGUUACACGAAAACAACGUUGUGAUGUUAGUGGAAGCCAAACACCCGUCUGGCGAUUAUGUACCCAACCAAUACCUCGAGUCCCUGCUUCAGAAAAGUGAGGUUCGUCAAUUCUUGGAACAAGAUCUUGGUGUGUAUGGGGCAACUUUAGUGGAGUUCUCUGUACCCUUUAGUCCAACAGAAAUACCACACCCUUCGGAGAAUGGCAGAACUCCAUCAAUUUUCGCCCAACAUUUCGGCAUCUUCCUCGCAUUGAUUAUUCUGUCGAGCUUCGUGGCUUUUGCUGCAGUGAUCGCCAUAGUUUACCUCCGAAACAAGGCUAGAACGGGAAUGUGGUACUGUCCAUCUGGGACGCGCUACGCUAAACAGCUGGAGCGAACCUUACUGACAAAAACUACGAGCUGGCGGAUUGGCCAGGUGACCAAUCCUAUUCCGGAUGUCGACAUACUUCGAGGCGAGGGUCCGAUGACCGAGACCACCGUAGAGGAGGCAGGUAGCCGCCGUACUUCAUGUACUGGAGAGAGGACAAGCAUAAUGGACAGUAGCCCAGAGGUGGACACGUGGGUAAUCCCUCUCGAAGAGGCGAGGGAUGACGGACUCGUGGACGCGGAAUAUGAUACGCGUCUGUAACUGUCAUAUCUAGGAAUACUCCGUUACAUACAUAUCGUCCAACCUAAUGCAUUAAUCACAGAUUUAAUAUAAAGGGGAGUAUACUCUCCAAAAUAUUUAUACUAAAUUAAGUCAUAUUAUUUUUGAUGUUUACUUUAAUCAAACACAUGUUUACGUGGAUGUCAAUUCAAAGCAUUCCUUUUUCCCGUACUGUUAUUUAUUUUCUUAUAUUCCUACGUACACAGAAAGAAAAAAGUGCAUCGUUACAUUGAUCAUUCCCGGUGUGAAUUAUGUUUUUAAAAAAUAGGCUGUAACCUAUGGAAUUAAGUAUCAGAAUGCAGGAAAAAAUAUUGAAAUAAUGCUAUUUCACAGAUCUAGGUAUACUUAACCGGAUUUAGACGUGCUUAAUUAAAACAAACUUAGAUGAUUGAUGCAUGGAUGAACACAGCCCUAAAGUAGUUAUUUACAGUGUUUCCAUCAUUAUAGUAACUGACCAUUUGUCAGGGAGGUAGUUUACGAAAAAGACCAGAAUUACACAUGGACAGGUAUGCAUAUAUACAGGUAUGACCACCUGUACAGGUUCUAAUAAACCCCAUAGAAGUCUCCGUACCGACUUCUAUUGACAACAAAUUAACUCGCUCGAGACCAUUAGUUUAAUACACUUGAAGAUAACUUUGGUAUAUUUCCAAUAGUUUGUGAUUACUUAUUUUCGUAAAUCUUUGAGCUAUCAUAUCAAUGUUUUGAACAUCAUUUAUGUAAACAUCGCAAUUGCCAUAUUUCCACUACAGUUACAAUAUGUACCAAAGAAAUUAUGUCACAGCAUUCCUUUGUUGAAGAUACGGACAACACCUACUUUUGAUGUCGGGUUUUGCUUGUUAAAGAAAGGGAAUUUUAUUAUCAAGAAAUGUCUUCCUAUAAAUGCUUUACAACUUGAUUCUCCGAGAACAAAAAUUGUUUAAGUGCCAGGCGUAUGACAGAAACAGUAGAAGAAUCUUUUCAAAUUAUAGAUCACAACCUUCCAUGUGAAUUAAACCCUCUAAUUAUAUAUUCCUAAUAUUUAUAUUGUAUAUCACAUAUUUCAACUCAAUCAACAUAUUAAUCUAUGGGUAAGAAUUUUUAUAUUAAAAAUGUAUGUUGUAGAUGCUGACAAACUAGGUAAUAUAUAUUGUAUAACCUUGUAUUAAUUUAAAACAAAAUAUGUUGUUCAUUGUAUCUAACUAGUGUCAUUGGUUGUGUUAUUUAAAGUAUUGCCUUUUUCAGAAAGAACAUUCUAGUUACACGAAUGUUGAGUUGUAUGUUCUUGUAGUACUGUCAUCGUAAGACAGGUGAACUACAUUGUAACACUAUUGUGACGUCAUACAUAAGUCAUGUCAUUAUGGCGUCAUAUGCUUGUCACGUCAGUGAAAAACUUGCCAAGUAGAAAUAGACAUGUCUUCUAGGGAAUGUUAAUCCAGUUUUCGCUCAUUUUUUCCAGAAAAGUUAUUUGAUAAAUAUAAUCUUAAAAUCCAUGUUUCCGUGUUUUAUUGUGGAAUUUACUAAACUAGUUCAAUGAUUUGAUGUGUCAUUCGCCUAUAUGCAUAUCUAACUCGGACUGAACUCGUUUGAUAAAUCCAUUAUUACCCUAGUGUAAUAUUCUCUCUAUAAACAUAUAAUCCAGUGGCAUCGUGGAUCUCCAACACCCAUUCCCACAUUACCACUGCUGCUAAACCAAUUUUUGUGAAGUUAAGAAAUCACUACCAGUGGCGUAGCAAAACAUUUUUAAGAGUGUAUGCUUUCAAGAGAGGAUCCAAGGGCGAAGCCCCGGUUAAGGGGGUCUAGGGCCGCAGUAAGGUUAAAAAAGUAGUGCAAAUGUAUCUCAAUGGAAUUCGAGUGUAUGUUUCAGCAUGCAAGCAUACAUUAUUGCUACGCCUCUGACUACAAUGUGUGUUAUGCUCGUUUCCUAUAAUGGUUACUGGGUAAAUUAUGACAUUUGUAAAAUGUCGAUAAGAACCUUCCUGUUUGUACCGUUUGAUUUGUGUUUCAUCAUUCCAAAUGUAUAAGACAAGAAUUGAUGAUUUAAUGUUACUUCCACAAAAAGAUGCGUUUUACUGCAAAAAUACGAGUUAACAUGUAUGUGUACUCAUUAACCUUUUGUACAGCAAUUUUGUUGAAAAAUAAAAAGUGAGAAGUUUUUA